UGACCAAAAGGUAUAUCUAAUAUCACCCAUUCGUUGCUGUCCCCACAGAGCACAAAUUUUCUUAUUCAUACAUUAAGCAUAUCGAUUCCAUGUCCAACUCCAUCAAUCAAAUGCGUGCGUCUCUUUGUGCCUGUGCCUGCCUCUCUGCGUAUAUAUACGUAUGAAGCCUAGCAAAGCUGUCAACUAGACCCUCCCAAACUAGCUCUGGCAUAAGUAGAACUACCUCACUGCCUAUAUCAACCACCACUUCCUCAUAUAGUUCUCAUCCUCUCACUCUAUUCAAAUAAACAUCAUAGUUUAGCACUUGAGUUGGUAUAGUAUCAGGUAUCAACCACGAAUGUCCACAAGGUAAGAAAAAGCCAGCAAAAGAUGGAAGUUGUUAAGUUGGUGUCUAGUGAUCCAAGUGAGAGACCAGAUACCUAUCGAGUUGCUUACAUAAUUCAUUUCUUGCUUGGUGCUGGUAACUUGCUUCCCUGGAAUGCCCUGAUCACUGCAGUGGAUUACUUUUCCUACCUCUAUCCCACCAAACACAUAGAAAGGGUUUUCUCUGUGGCUUACAUGAUUUCAUCUGUGAUGGUGCUCCUUGCGAUGAUCAGUUGGGGAGGUUGGAGCAAAACAACGUUGAGGUUGAGAAUGAACUUGGGCUUCUCCAUGUUUGUUAUGUCUCUUAUGGUAGCCCCAGUCAUAGACUGGACAUCAAGCAGCACCAAGCUCAACGAGAGACCGAGUGGCGCCUAUGGUUUGACGGUUGCAGCAGUGGUGAUAUGUGGUUUAGCAGAUGGCUUGGUAGGUGGAAGCUUGAUAGGGUCAGCUGGGAAGCUCCCAAAACAGUAUAUGCAAGCAGUUUUUGCUGGAACUGCUUCUUCAGGUAUUCUAAUUUCAAUCUUGAGGAUAAUAACCAAGGCAUCACUCCCACAAACUCCGAAGGGUCUCAAAAUAAGUGCUCACUUGUACUUCAUGGUUGCCACCAUUUUUCUCCUAUUUUGUAUUGUGUUCAGCAACUUGCAGCACAAGUUACCAGUGAUGCAGCAGUACCGUCAGAGCGUUCAUCAGGAGAGCACCUUAUGCACAGGAACAAAAUUUUGGGCAGUGGCAGGAAAAAUCAAGGGAGCAGCUUUCGGAAUUUUCAUCAUCUACACAGUGACCCUAUCUAUUUUCCCAGGAUUUAUUGCUGAAGAUCUUGAAUCCAAGCUUCUAAGGGAUUGGUAUCCUAUUUUACUGAUAGCAGUUUACAAUUUAGCUGAUCUAAUGGGGAAGUCAUUAACUGCCUUCUAUGUUAUUCAAUCCAUGACAAGGGCUAUAUGGGCUGCCACAUCUAGGCUACUAUUCUAUCCACUCUUUGUAAUUUGUCUUCAUGGACCAAAGUGGCUGAAAACAGAAGUACCUAUGGUGGUUCUGACUUUUCUGCUAGGAUUUAGCAAUGGAUACCUCACCAGUGUCCUCAUGAUUCUAACACCCAAGUCCGUGCCCUUGUCAGAAGCAGAGUUUUCUGCUAUUGUGAUGACAGGGUUCCUCGGGUUUGGCUUAGUUUGUGGUUCGGUUCUUGGCUGGUUCUGGAUCUUAUGAAGGCCACCUUGUGAUGUAAUAAAAUGAGUAAAAGGUAGUGGCAAUAGUUGUAAAUCGUGAGGCAAGAAAGCCAUAGUUAGCUUACCACUACUAGGCUGUUUCUUUAUUUGUUCUCUAAUGUUGUGAGUGUCAUAUCUUAUCAUCCCAGAACAUGAGAAACCUUGAGAUUAUUAAGAAAAUAGUAGAUUAGAAAUGUAUUGAAAGAAUCCAUAAACUGAAUGGAAGCUAAGAUCUGCAAUUGAACAUUUCA